AUGGCUUCUGUAUCUGCUGCUGAAGACCAAAAUGGGGUGUUGAGAGGAACCAGGGAAACACCACCAGCACAUUUCGUUCUCAAACUCCAGUAUUUCUCGCUCUUUUCUGCAAACGGAGUAAAUCAAAUCAAAUCAAACAAAUUUCAAGCUGGAGAUCACCAAUGGAAGAUUAUAUUGUUUCCAAAUGGAAAUCGAGAUGGUAAGGGUGAUCAUGUAUCUAUAUAUCUGAUGUUAGACAGCACAAGUAGUCUACCGGCUGGUAAAGGUGUCAAUGCCAUUUUCGAGUUCUUUUUGUUUGACCAAAUUCGAGGAAAUUAUUUGACUGUUCAAGGGAGAGCGAGACGUUUUGACAGGCUUAAAUACGAAUGGGGUUUUGAUAAGUUCAUCUCUUUAGAAUCUUUGAAAGAACCUACUAAAGGUUUUUUAGUGAACGAUAUUUCCUACUUUGGAGUGGAGGUUUUUGUUUCUCAAGGCUCAAGUCUAGGUGAAUGUCACUCACUAUCGGCAGUUGGUAAUAUAUCUGGUAAAUACAAGUGGGUAAUUACUCAAUUUUCAAAAUUGGGGCUGCAUGGUUAUUCUGAUGAGUUUGUUGUAGGAGGUUUUAAAUGGAAGAUUGCGCUAGAUCCAGAAGGCAACGGAAAGCAUAAAGGCUCCAGUCUGUCUAUAUUUCUGGUGUCUGUUGAUUCCCAAAGUUCCAUGACUGAGAACAAAGUGCAAGCAAAGUUCAAGCUAACACUUUAUGACCAGUUUAAACAGAAUCAUAGACAAGGGACAACUACCCAUUGGUUCGGUGCCACUAUAAAAAGCUGGGGCUGGCCUUCUUUCAUCGAACUUCAAGAAUUUAAAGAUGAUAAAAAAGGAUAUUUAGUUGCCGAUAAAUGCAUGAUUGAAGCUGAAGUUACAGUGUUAUGUGAAGGUGUUUUCAAGGAAACCAGGGAUACACCACCCUCACAUUACGUGCUCAAACUCGAAUCUUUCUCACUCUUUUCUCAAACUGGAGUGGAUCAUAUCAAAUCAAACAGCUUUCGAGUUGGAGACCACCAGUGGAAGAUUAAGUUGUUUCCGGAGGGGAAUAAUGGAGGAAAGGAUGAUCAUGUGUCUAUAUACCUGAUAUUGGAUAGUACCAGUACUCUAAUGCCUGGGAAACCCAGUCGUUUUGACAGCCUCAAAUGUGAAUGGGGUUUUGAUAAGUUCAUCUCUUUAGAAGAAUUUGAAGAACCUACUAACGGUUAUCUAGUUAAGGACACUUCGAUUUUUGGAGUGGAAGUUUAUGUAUCUACUGGAGGCUCAUCACGUCUAGGUGAAAGUCACUCAAUAUCAAAAGUUGGCAAUAUAUCUGGGAAAUAUAAGUGGGUGAUCACUAAAUUUUCAGAGUUGGGGCUCCAUCGUGAUUCUGAUGAGUUUGUUGUCGGAGGUUAUAUAUGGAAGCUUUCGCUACAUCCUGAAGGCGAAGGAAAGCACAAAGGUUUUAGUCUGUCCAUGUAUCUGGUGUAUGUGGAUUCCGAAAGUUCUAACACGGAGCACAAAGUGAAAGCGGAGUUCGUGCUAACACUUAAUGACCAAUUUAAACAGAACCUUAUACAGAAGAGAACUACAAACUGGUUCGGUGCCUCCACAAAAAGCUGGGGUUGGCAUUCCUUUAUUGAGCUGACCGAUUUAAAAGAUGAUAAAAACGGAUAUGUAGUUGCCGAUCAAUGUACAAUUGAAGCAGAAGUUAAAAGUGUGUCACUUCAGUCCGAUACAGAAUCACACAUGCAGGCAUGGAGUUAUGAUAGUUAUAUUUACUUUCAAGCGAAUGGGGAGACUGCUACCAAGAAUGAAAGAGAAGAAAUCUGUAAUAUGUUACAGCUUCAUGAAGCAGAUGCAAAUACGACGUACUUGGGACUUCCUAACACUCUAGGGAGAAAUAAAAACGCUGGCCUUGGCUACUUAAAAGAUCGUAUGCAAAAGCGAAUUGAAGGCUAUGAUAAGAAGCUGCUCCCAAAAGGUGGAAAAGAAAUUCUCUUGAAAACAGUGGUGUGCUAUGAGCCUUUUCUUGUUACCAAAGCAGAUGUGUAG